CGGCGGCGCAGACCGCACAAUAUAGUAAACGGUUAUAAUAUCCAUAAUAUUCAUUUACUGAAAUAAUAUGCCGUAGCGGUUUUUGCUUUGUUUUAAUGCGAUCUAUGUUAUGGUCAUAUUCUGUUGCGUACUUGCGUCAUUGUAACAUUAACAGUUUUAUAUUGAGUGUUAACAUUUUUUUUUCACCCGUCAUUGUUUUUUGUUAAAAUAUCGACAUCGUCAUUUUUAAAAUGUGUUCAAUUAAUGAAAAUGAAAAAUUAAUAAGUGCUAUGAGCGAUGAAAACUGUGGACUAUUUGAGUUUACCAAUGAAGGUAAUUCUGUGGAAGUUGGAUUCUUAUGCUGGAUUCAGACUACACCAUGCACAGAGGAUAAAAUUAAUAACCAAGAUUUAAUCAGUGAAAAAACUGAGAUAGUUUUAUUUUGGCCAAGUAAUAUUGAUGUGACAUAUGCUUCAAGUAUGGUUAAAAGAUGUAAAAAAAAAGAUAUGCAAUGGAUAAAAGUUUCAGCUAUACUUUUAGCACAAGGGAAUUGGAUUGAAAUGUGUGAGAAAAGAAAGUAUUAUAUAGCACAUAAUAAAAUAUCUCCAUGUCGCUCUAAACGUCAUGAAAGACAUAUUAUUUUAUCAGAAUCAACUGUCACCGAUAAAAAUAAAAUGGUAAUAAAAUAUUGAAUACAAUAUUAUUUAGCAUAAUCUUUAAACUUUGUAUACCUACCUAUUAUGAAAUAUCAUGAAGUAUUCAUUAAAAUAACUAUAAUGUUUAGGUUACAACCUCAAUUAAUGCUUCAGCUAAACGUAAAUAUGCAGUGCUAAGCUCAUCAAGUGUGUUAAAAAAAUUAAAUUGCAAAAAAGGAGCAGUUGAACCAUGCGGAUCAAAUUUUGAGGAUCAUGUUGAUAAGUUAGAGGUGGGUUAAAAUAAUAUAAAUAUUAUUAUAAUAAAUAUAAUUAUUACACUUAGCAAAUUAUUACAUUAUGAAUUUAAAUUAGGUACAAAAUAUUAAAUAAUAAAUUAAUAAUUUAAGAUAAAAAUUUAGGUAUUGAUAUGUAUGAGGUCAUAAUUGAAAUUAAUAAUUAAUUUUGUAUAGGUACAUAAUGUAUAUGAUAUAAAUUAUAAUUUCCAAUUUUUUAAAUUUUGUUAUAAAGUCUAUACCUAUCUAAAUAAAUCUAAUAAUCUAACGGUCCUUAUAAAGUUUUGAGAAUAUGAGUAGGUAAACUUUUCCUACUUGUUGUCAUGUUAAUUAGGAAUUGGUUGUUUAAGCAUUGAAGUAUUUAAGCAUUUAAGCAUUGAAUA